UCUGACAAUUCUAUAUAAUCAAUUUGACAAGUGUUUUUGCGAUGGAUUAACGAAUUUAUUUGCUAUUUUAACCAUAUUGCUCCUCUUAUUUAGAAUACAAAUUAUAGAAUCAUUUUCAUAUUCAAGUGUAAUAUAAGAAAUAAUCGAUUAGUUGUCAUUAUUCGUUUCGCUAAUGCAAUUUGUGAAAGCAACAAGAUUCAAUAGUUUCUGUGCCAAAGGAAUCACAGACAUAGGACUUAUUGGAUGAAAUAUUGAUCAACAUGGCCGACCCACAAAAGGAGGAUGAGACGACGCCGACACAAAAUGGUACUCUCAAAAUAUCCUUACCAACCGUCCUUGAGCCGUCUUCGGAAAAAUCCGAUAUUUCCGUCAAAUCGUUCGUUACAUCCGAAUCCAAAUUAUCCCUUCCGUCGAAUUUGUGCACGCCGACGUCUCCUUUGCGACUGUCCUCGCCUCUGUCACUGCCGUGUUCCCCCACACCGUUUACGAAGACCCUGCAAGCCCCGGAGAAGACCACCAACUCUCUAUCGUCCUCCACAAAGCUGAACCAGCAGGCUAAUAAUCAGUCGACGCUCAACACAGGCUCCGCGACAGGCAACCCUCGCAACAAAUGCGCGCUGCAGCCGGGACACAGCCUGAUGGACUGGAUCCGGCUGGGCAAUUCGGGCAAGGACCUCACCGGCGUCGGCGGUCGCGUACGACCCGUCUCGCCUGCUGAAUUAGCCGCGCAUAACACGCAGAAGGACGCCUGGUUAGCCAUUCGAGGUCGAGUCUACAAUAUUACACAUUAUUUGCCUUAUCAUCCUGGAGGACCCGAAGAACUGAUGCGUGGAGCGGGUAUGGAUGCAACUCAAUUGUUCGACAAAGUCCAUCCUUGGGUCAACUACGACUCGCUCCUAGCAAAAUGUCUCAUCGGCCCCCUCCGCUUCGACCUGCCAGAAGCAGAUGAAAUAUUCGACUCCAAUCCUUCCCCGAAAUCCGACCGCCUAAGAGAACCGUCUAAAGCACAAGAAUUAGUCAGAAAAUCUAUGGAGAACUUAGCCAAUUGCAUAACUCCCGUUAGAAAAAGAAUAACUUCAAAAAGUGAUGAGAAUGUCAAAGGAAAUAGUCCGCCCAGUAAAAUAAUGCAAAGUUUGAUUCAGUCGAGCGACCUGCCAGUUUCUAUUAGCCGGAGAGCAGCGUCGAGUCCUGUCAAAACGGCAGGCAAAACUUGCGACUUGCCGCCGUCACUGCGGUAUGAUUGGAUCCAGACGUCGACCAAGUUAACGAUAUCGGUGUACACGGGCCCGCUGGCCAACCCGGGCGGUUGUGCCCGGAUUCACGACGGAGUGCUCUUAAUCGAAGUAGCGACAGAUGGCUGGCUCCGGACGAUUAAAUUGGUGCCUGAGGCGAAAUUGCAGGAACCAUUACAGCUGCGAACGUUCACGGAGAGCGGGAAAAUAGAAGUAAUAGCCCAAAAAGAAGAGGCGGGUGUUUGGAAGAGCUGCGGCGAAGCGGCGUUAGGGACGCCGACAAAAGUGUCGUCUCCCCGGACAGUAGAGUGUCGCGUGGUGGACGUGGGACGCGUGUCGCACGACACGUUACUACUCGCUGUCACGCCGCGGGCAGGGCCCGUCGUAGUGCCACUUGGUAGCCACGUCUGCGUGCAUCGGAGGAUAGCAGGUUCAGACGUGAUUCGUUCAUACACGCCAGUCGGCGAGGGCUGGGGCCCGGGAGAGCCAGGUGCUCUCAAGCUAGCAGUCAAGAGGUAUGAAGGAGGAGUGGUGUCUCCGGAACUGGCUGCGCUCAAAAUUGGCGACCUGGUUAAACUCUCCGGCCCGUAUGGGAACUUUCAUCUUCAGAAGCUAAAAUCUGUGAGGGCGAUCUACUUCAUCGCGGCCGGGACCGGUAUCACGCCCAUGCUGGGGAUAUUGAAGUUUAUGCUGGCGAGAUCUAAUCCUAAAUGUGAACGAGUACACUUGUUAUUUUUUAACAAAACCGAAGAAGACAUAUUAUUCAGGGAUAAAUUCGAAGAAAUUGCAAAAGAGGAUAGCAGGUUGAUAGCGACUCAUGUCCUCUCCGAACCCAGUACAUCGUGGUCAGGAUACAAAGGAAGGAUCAGGAGUGACCUGCUGACAGAAGUGAUCGGUAAAAUGAAGUGUAGUGGCCAGUGCACACACUUCGCGUGUCUCUGUGGACCUAUAGAGUUCACUCACAAUUCCCUAGAUUUAUUGGGGAAGCAUGGCAUGAAAGACAACUGCAUUCACGCUUUUAUGGGAUAGUGAAGAUCAUAGUCCAUAGACUGUAUAUUCACUAGUAAAGUUGUAAGACUUAGAUAGGUGGACGAAGAGUUUAAGACAUGUGCACAAGAAUUAGAUUUUAAUUUACUUACUUAAAUAUUUGUUUCAGGGUAAGAAAUGCUACUUCCUAGACAUUUCCAAAAGUAAUAAUUCUUCUAUGUAAAAAGUCAUUAAAUAAGGAUAGAAAAGGUGUAGGUGAACAAUGUAAAAUGAUUGAUAAGUAAAUCGUCUACAAACCUAUAUUCUAGUUAAAAGAGUGAGAAAUUUAAUACAACUGUUAAGUACUUAAAAGUUUUUAUCUAUCAGAAGUAUUAAAUAUAGUUUCAUGCUAUGAAAAUAUGUAAGUAUUUCGGCCAAACUUUCAAGCACAGUAAAAUUUCACUAUUUUUUAACCAAAGUGUGAUACGAGUAAUUUAGCAUAAAUUUCACUACACUAACUACCAUUUUGUGAUUGUAAUUUAUUAUAACGAGCAUUUCAUUGCGCUCAAUGUACAGAAAGACAAAAUACAAUUUUAAUUGACUAAUUUUAUGUAAGUACAUAAGUAAUAUUAUGUAUAUAAAUAAUUCCAUCCAUUUGAAACAUUUGCAGUCCUAUAAAUCUCCAUUCAAUGUGAAUAUAUCUGUUAUUUGUUAAAAAUACGUUUAUUUUAAAUUCAACAAUGGUUUUUAUAAAUAUCUCGUGUAAAUCAUUAGUUUGAUAUAAAAGCAAGAAUCGCUAAGAUACUUAAAAAUAGAUCAAUGCCAAUAACUAGUUUUAGAAGAAAUUCCAUCUGAUCAAUCAAUCUUCUUCUAUCGUGUGGGUUAGGAGGUGGAUUACCAACCUCAUCAACCCUGGUGUCAGGGUUACUAUUGAGCCGCCACAGGCUCCAGGCGAAUGGGCACCACAAUGUGGAAGUAUUCCUCGCGAACGAUAUUUUAAUAACAGUAGCUAAAACGUAUUGUUACUGUCGCAAUGUAGCAAUAACCGUGAACUGUUGCUAUUAAUAAUACAUACUAUCAUUAUAAUUGUACUUUUAGUAGAUACCCUAAGUAUAAGGCAGUUGUCAUACGACGCGGUCAACCGCGCUGCGAACGGUUUACACACAAGUCAAUACUACCUUGCGGUCGCUUCACCAACCGCGAUCUCGUCAUGUGAUAACCGCCUUACCAUUCACCCACGGCACCACAGUAAACUACGACAUAUCAGUAUAGAUAAUUUUACUAAAACUGCACGGUAGACUUAGAUUUUCUGCAUAGAAAUCGUCUAAAAUUAGAUCAAGUAGAUUUCUCGUGUUGUGCCAUAACUUGUCAGCCAAACUAUGCAUACAACAAAAUACAAAGUAUUUACUAAACGGCCUGAAAAAACCUUUUAAACGUGAAAUUAUAUUUUUUUAAUUAACUUUGUGAAUAUUUUUUUGAUUCAAAGAAUUUGUAUAAAAUGAGAUAAAAAAUGCAAUGUCGAUACCACGGGUGCGUUAUUUAUUGGUUUAAUGGAUAAAUCUUAGAUUUACUUCUGUUAAUUAUCUGUUCCUCGUAUCAAAGAUAUUCGUUAUUGUGUAUAAUAUAUAUUGUAUACAAAAAGUGCCUACAUUCCAGGUAAAGUGUUUGCGUUAAGCUUAUUUGGUGUUGUUGAUUUAUGGUUUUUUAAUAAAUAGUGGAAAUUAA